AUAAUACGAUAAUAACAUUACGGCAUAUACGAGGAUACCGCGGCCGGCGACGAUAAAACACCGCUCGUGACGCGGUUUCUUCGUUUUUACGCUUUUUCGUAAUUUUAUUCGUGUGUGCGUCCCGCUCCUGCGGCCGACCGUCACCGGGAGAAGUUAACGUGCCCACCACGUGGACGCCGCGAAGCGCCCGCCAAAUCAUCGUCACGUCUAAGUUUGCUUCGUGAUAUGAUUGCGUUGGAAAAUCCCGGAUGAUCGAACCGUCGCUCGCUGUACAAUAAAUCCCACAAAAUAAACGUCUACUCGAUAGAGCAGUGUCCUCGAAUAACGGUGCGACGACGACGACGACAGCGACAUGGUGUGCGCCACGCGAGAUUUCAACGCGUUAAUCAUAACUCUCAUGUUAAUACUAUCGACGGUCAGAGCUUGGAACUCUGCAAACUCGAACACAUCUUAUAUGGACGACUAUGAAAACUCGUGGUCACCCUGGUCCGAGUGGUCGUCUUGUUCGAGAACGUGCGAUGGUGGAGCCACUUAUCAACUACGAAGGUGCAAUGCAGUAGUUGGCUGUAAAGGUCACCACGUCAGAUACAAAAUCUGCAACAUGGAGCCGUGUCCCGACGGAUUGGAUUUCCGAGCAGUGCAGUGCUCAGCUUACAACGACCAGCCGUACGAUGGCGAGACUGUAGAAUGGCACCCUUAUUACGACGAGGAAAGCCCUUGCACGCUGAUGUGCGUCGACUCCAAGGGCCGAGUGGAAGAAAUGGCCCCGAGGGUGCGAGAUGGCACCAGGUGCAGGUUGGGAUCAUUGGACAUGUGUAUCGACGGCGUGUGUCAAAGAGUCGGCUGUAAUUUAGAAAUCGGAUCAAAGGCCAGCGUAGACGAGUGUGGAGUCUGCGGCGGAGACGGUACGUCGUGUUCCAAGGAUUUACACCGCUGGGGAAAAAUAGGCACGGGCUGUUCGGUGUCUUGCGGUGGAGGGUACGAAAUGUCUAGGAUAAUCUGUCAGAACCGAGACACGGGCGUUGAAGUGGAUGCUGAUCUGUGUCCUGGCGAAAGGCCAAAUGGCAGCGAUUUAUCUGUGGAGUGUAACAGCCAACCAUGUCCUCCCAAGUGGGUGGCUGACGACAAUUGGAGUCCCUGUAGCAAAACAUGUGGAGGCGGAAUAAGGGUACGACACGUUUAUUGUGUGGAAGAAACAAAUGGCACUAGAACAAAGGUAUGGCAUCACAUGUGCCAUGGACACAAGCCUAAAAUACAGGAACAGUGCAAUAUUCAACCAUGUUAUUCUGAAUGGUCAACAGGUGAAUGGUCUAAAUGUUCGGCAACUUGUGGCGAUGGACUGCAGAUCAGGAAUAUCACUUGCAAACCUAAACAAAAAUACCUGACUUGCGACCCAAUGACUGAGCCCAGGCGAACCAAGACUUGUUCUGCAAACUUGCCGUGUUACCACGAAAAUUUUGACGCAGACUCGGAUUUCCAAGUGUCGUCCAAAUCGAGUUUUUCACAAGCCCACGCUCAGCGGUUGGUUGGCCAACAAAAAACUUCUCCACAUACACUGUUCGUUGCCGACAAUUGGAGCCCAUGCAGUGUCACGUGCGGCGAUGGUAUCAGGACUAGGAAAGUGUAUUGCAAAGCUCAUUUAGAUUACACUCAGAUCAUGACGAAGUUAACAGACGACGCGUGUGUCGGUCCCAAACCACCGGAGGUCGAAAAAUGCUCCUCAGUGCCCUGUUCGUUGAACAAAAUAUUUGAUCAAAAUGAGAGGUCCAUUAGGGACGGAUACGCGGAUGCCAGCUCUGAUGAUUUCAAUCCACCGAAAGUCGCCCCCGGUUCGUUUGGUAAAACAUACUCUUGGAAAAGAGAGGGCUUUACGCAUUGCAGUGCUUCUUGUCUUGGAGGCGUACAAGAAUCGUUGGUGCUGUGUGAACGCGAAGAGGACAAGAAAAUCGUCUCCCCGUAUUUGUGUUCUCGAAACGAUCAGCCCGAAGUACUGACGCAGACUUGCAACGACCAACCCUGUCCACCCCGGUGGAACGUUAGCGACUUUCAGCCGUGUUCACAGAGCUGCGGAAUAGGGCUUCAGAUGCGCGAGGUCAACUGCAUACACGAGGUGACCGAAGGGAACACAGCUAUCGUGCCGAACAACAUGUGCCCACAACCACCGCCCACGGACCGGAAGCAAUGCAACAUGAUUGACUGUCCCACAGAAUGGCGGACUUCCGAAUGGUCGAAGUGUAGUAAAAAAUGUAACGGUGGCGUCAAAACCAGAGUGGUAGAGUGUGUACAGAGGAUUGCCCACGGGCACAUAAUAAACCGGCCAGACACGGAUUGCGGCACUGACAAGCCACUCGACAGUAGGUUAUGUAACCCGAACGCUUGCAGUUCGCAGGAAGCAGUUAUGGUGUCGGACGUGGCUCAGAAAUACGAACAGGCCACCACCGAGGAGGAUGUCAUGCUUAAAGUCGGUGGUGAGGCGACGGUGUACAGAGGGGUGGAAAUGAAGAUGCGGUGUCCCGUCAACAAGAGGGGAAAAAUACAGUGGUCAAAAGAUGGUCAGCCCUUACAAAAUGGCAAGAAGGUCCGGAUAUCGAAAAAAGGCAUACUCAAGAUCCGGACCACUACAUACUCUGACCGAGGGACUUAUACAUGCACGGCUGGUAAUGCCCAAGCCACAAUGAACAUCAACAUCAAACCCCAGCCGGGAGAAUUUCCUAGUUCCGAAGAAAUCGACAAGCCUUUGAACCAACAAGAUCCAGGUAUAAAUCCUUCGUAUGCAAAUCCGCAAGGGAUAGAACCGUCAUUUGACAUCAGCCACGAGCGCAUCAAAGGUGAACAAAAUCGCGAACAGAAACACAAACAGUCACGACAAAAAACUACUACUAUGCAGUCAAUCGUAACGAGCACGGCGUCUUCCGAAAAACACGUAGUGGAAACAGAGAAAAAUGCUAUAGACGUCUCCCCAAAACCCACCACUUCCGGAAGUUCACGAAACUUGCCUCACCUUCACAGUCUUCUUUUUAACCUCAAGGCUCUGUGGCCGUUUCAGGGCGUGAGCAACGCACGAGUGAAUAGAAUGUUCAUGGAAGAACCGGCAAACCCACCGGCAGAAAUCGAAACCAGCACCGAGGAAGACAUGUUCGGUAAACCCGUUUUGCUCGGCAAAGGUGACCGGAAGAGCGUGAAAUUUGAAUGGCUCAUCACGGAAUGGUCGGACUGCUCUCCGCCUUGCGGUGGCAACGGCUUUCAGAUGAGAGCGGCUCACUGCAUAGUCAAACUGAACAACAUGACGCAGAGCGUGGACAAUAACUUGUGCGAGGACGCCCGGCUGCCGACGCCCGUGACCAUUCAAAAGUGCGAGACGGAUGACUGUCCGCAGUGGUCGGUGACCGAAUGGAAACCGUGCGAGGAGUCCAAGUGUUUCACCUGGAAUACUGCGAUGCAGAGGCGAAACGUGUACUGUCAGAAUUCGGAUGGAGCCACUAUAUCGGACGAAGCGUGCCACGGGAUCGAAAAGCCGGUGAACCGGAAGGAAUGUUACAACGAUCAGUGCAAAGGCACUUGGAAAGUGGGCGAGUGGUCCGAGUGUUCGGCGUCGUGCGAAAAGGACGGGCUGAGGUACCGAAUAUUGCAGUGUGUCUGGUACGGCACCAAUAAGCCGGCCGGGACCGCCUGCCGCGACCAGCCCAGGCCACCGGUGAUGAAGACUUGCACAGGGCCGCAGUGCGCAACAAAAAACGAAUGCAUAGAUCACAGCAAACACAACUGCAAGAACAUAAAACAAAUGAACAUGUGUCACUUGCGUCAAUACCAAACACAGUGCUGUCUUUCGUGUUCAUAAACACAUCAUCCACUAGAGUCUUUAUUGUUACUAAGGCCUUCCUAGAUUUCUGCCAAUUGGUACGUAUCAAUCUUACAAUAUAAACUAUGAUCGUUAAAUAGAUCUGUAUAUGAUGCUAUAAUAUCAUGAGUUAAAAACUUAAAUAAUUGUUCAAUAUCACUUUAUGCGUGAUUUAUAAUCAUAUUAUUUUAAACGGGCAUUAUAGAUUUUCGUUGACCGUGGAUUUCGAUCAGUUUUGCCACCGCAUUCUUCAAUAAGUUCAAUAAUUCAAUCGUAAUAUUGAUUAUUUAACAAUAAAUGUAGUAUUAUUAUAAAUUAUGUUAUUUUGUUAUAAUAUAUUUGUUUACGAUUUAGGUUUAAAAUAAUAAAAGUUACACACUAAUAAAACGACGACUGAACAAAUAAAAAAAUCGGGAAUAUUCAGUAUUGUUUUGUGUAUGAUUUAAAUAUAGUAUAAUAUAAGUUGAUUACCUGUUAAAAAACCCUAUUAAAUGUAAAUUAAGUAGCAAGAUAAUAUACAUUCCACUCAAUAUAAUUCCACGUGAUAUGACAGACUAGACGUAUGGCCAUGUCGUAUAUUCUUCGUAUGUACGAGUGUCCCUCCCACCCAUAUAAAAAUUUAAAAAUACUUAUGUAGAAACCAUUUAAAAUAAUAUUAUUAUAUUUCCAUAUAAUCACAUUUGAUAUAACAACUAUGUUCUGCAUUCAUUGUCAUAUGCAACAAGGGUCACGUAUUCGAGUCAUAUUAUACCGCGUAUAAUAAGACUUUCGUUCUACUAAUAAUCGUUUGUUUUAUAAUAGAUAUCUAUGUAUUGUCCUAUGAAUUUUCACAGAUAAAUCUUAGAUUUCGUACGAAAAAACUCACGCCAGUGCACAUGUUGUUGGUAGAUUUUAAUAGACAGUCGAAAAAACGAUACAGAUCUCGGAGCGUAGGUAUAUGCGUCUGUGAUACGAUCACGACGAGUUUUGUUUUACACGAUCGGAAUUGUUAAUUUAUCAAUUUUUUGUGAUAUAUUGUGUAUUUGUGUGUGUGUGUUAUAGACUUUUAGUACCUACGCAAGACAGUUAAAAAGAAUAGUGUGUCGAUUGACGUGAAAGAGGGACAAAUUGUUUUUGUUUUUUUUUUUUUUUUUGACAAUCUGAUGUAAAUCCCGGUUAAUAUUGUUAUUACAUCUUGUGUAGUGCAAUCGAACGUUGUAAUUUGCGGCUAAACUGAUUUUGAUUUUUUCAACCUUUCGAGAUCGAUUGAACAAAAUAUUUUAUUGUUUUAGAUUUAUACCACUUUGUAUAUCACCUUUAAUUUUAUAAAGGUACUUUGAAUAAUAUUGGUAUUAUAAAUAUAAAAUAUUAUCCAUUCGCAUUAAGUAAUUUUAUUAUUUAUUGUACAACAAAUUCCUAAAUGCAUUCAUCGCAGUUGUAGUUGUAUUGCGCGGUGAACGUAACUGAAAAGUUGCGAUUUUUAGUGCUUACAAAGUUACAACACAUUUCGAAAAUUACAUAUUAUAUAGUAUCGUUUUUAUAAUUUAUAAUAUUAUUUUACAUUACCGUCAAAUUCUAUUGCCAUAUAUUGUGUUAGAUGAAACAAAUUGCAUUUUAUUUUUGCUAUGUCAAUUUAUUCCGUUCUAAAGCUGAACUCAAGGUUUUGCUUUAAAAAGCCUAAAGGACUAUUGUGGUUUUGGACACAUUCUUAUUACAUUAAAAUUUGAGGGGGAUUUCAAAAAUUUUAAGUUUUCCGUGUAAAGAAGUAUAUACCCGGACCACAGAGCAAUCGAUCGUUGCUUGGCAACACAAAUAUUAAUAAUUUAUAUUUAAAGUUGUUGAUCUAUACAGCAAUUAAUAGGUAUUCCUAGAGUCUAUCUAUCAUAAAUUAAAAUAUAAAAAAUUUUAUUAAAUAUUUUCAAAAUUACG